AUGGAUGGCGAAGUUACCGGAAUCAUGAAUGAGAUUGUUGACCACGUUUCGCUUUGGGGCAAUCCUUCUACAGUCGAGAUGGGUUUCUACACAUUAGACUAUCGGAGAGCUCCUUCAAUGGCCUCAGCUCCAUCUACGAGUGGAAGUGAAUUCGGCGAUAUAAGUGACAGUGAACUGCCUGUUCUUGAGAGCGAUGACGAUUCGGACGAGGAAUUUGAGAAGCUGCAGAGUUUGUCUUGCGAGUUGCGUCAGAAAACAUUCGAAAAAGAACAUCCUGACGGAGUGCCUAAGCAGAAGAGGGUGAAAGUUGAGAAAGUAAUAGACAAAAGCGACUUGGAGCAUGAAUACGAUAAGUUACCACCACUGGAAAAUCUAACAAUACAUUGUGCGAAAUCUCUACCGCUAGAACCAGUGGGGCAUGUGUCAUCUAUCGUUGACUGCUUGGUUGUUAUCCAAUCUGACAGCGGCGUUGCGUUGGAUUUCGAUUCCGUAUUGUUUGACGAGGAUCGAAAUUCUGUGGGAGUGGUGUACGAUCUAUUCGGUCCUGUGAGGAGUCCUUUUUACUCUGUGCGAUUCAACACAAAAGAAGAGGCUGCCGCGAAAAUGUGCGUCGGAAUGCAGGUUUACUACGCUCCCACAGCAGAACAAUACACCAAGACUGUGAUAGAUAACCAGCAAACAAGCAAAGUUCCAUCAGAUGUUGUUUCGUCCGAGGACGAGCCUGUCUUCAGUGAUGAUGAAAAGGAACAAGAAUAUUACAGACAAAAGGCGGCAUCGGCGAAGCGUCCAGAGAAUCAAAGUCAAAGGCGAGGUCAGAAGCGUAGCGUUCAUUUUUCCGACUGCCCCACUGAUCGAGGAAGAGGAGGAAACCGAGGACAUCGUGGGCGAGGUUCCGCUCGCGGAGGUUCGUGGAACUGGCAUAGUGAACGUGGCGGUCGUCCAAGAGGUCAUGGUCCUCCUAGAGGAAGAGGGCGCGCGAACAGUCAUCCGAUGGGGCAGACUCCAGUGACAAACAUGAGUAACCCUUAUGCAGAGUAUGGGUGUUAUGGUCCUUUACCAUUUGUCGAUACUAGGCAACUUUGA